AUGAACCAUCAUCAGUCAUCACCGACACCAAAACGGCAAGACGCGGCCCCAUCUUCCUUGAUGAGUGGAGAUGAAGAAUUUUCAGGCGAAUCCACUCUUGGCCGCGAGCUUCCUCUUGCGGACGCACUGAGACAGUCGAGCGCAGCCCAGCCCUGCAGUGGCAGAUCUGGGGUAAUUAUCCCUGCACUGCGCGAUGCAUCUCUGAUCUCAUCAUCCCAGCCGGCGACCUCACAGGCUAACAGGGUGUAUCCAUUACUUAAAAUGCCGCAGUCUGGACUCUACUCGCAUCUUCCACGCUCAAGCUCGGCCUGA